CAGCAGCAACCCUGCUGUUUGUAAAUAAAAUCAUAAAAUUUCACCACCGGAGACCACAGCCUGAUAGUAACUAACAGUUACCAACUUUUAACAGAAAAACAAUCGGAGAAAUGAGUGAAACCCAGAUGCCUGUUUUCAAACGAAUGAAUCUGGCCCAAACGAAUCCCAUUGCGGGCAAUAAGAAACGAACGUGGAAAUCCCUGAAGCAGAUCACAGCCUACGAGCGCACACUGCCUUGGAAGGAAACGGAUGUUACAUAUUCCUCCAUCAAUGCCCCGCCAUCGUUUGUGCCGGCCAAGAAGUAUUCCGACAUUUCCGGGCUGAUAGCGCCGUAUACCGAUCCGCAAACCAAACUGCACUACCACAACGCGGAGGAGUUCCAAACGGUGCGGAGUUUGCCGAUGGAUCUGACGGCGGGCUAUCUGGCGCUGCGAGGCGCCAGCAGUAUCGUAUGAGGCGGACAACUUUUUCGAUGCGUUGUAUUUUACAUAGGAACUUGAAUUUAAUGUAAGCAUUAUCUCUUUUUUUUUUUUGAAAAUGUUCGAUUCUGCUAAAUCGAUGACUGCCAUGCGUGGCCGAGCAAAAAGGACAACAUACAAAUUACUUUGUAGGUACCUACAAUUCCUAUAAUUUUAUUUUAUUGAUGUACAAGGGGGUCAGGGACCACAUCUCCAGCAUAAGUUUAAAAACUCACACCUUCCAUAAUACAAUCCAAUAUAAAUAGUGCCUCUGA